AUGGCAAGAAGAGAUUAGUAACUUAUAUACAGCGACUUCUUGUUUAAAUUAGUCUUAGUCGGAGAUUCCGGGGUCGGAAAAUCUUGCUUGCUAUUGCGUUUUGCAGAUGAUACUUUUUCGGAGUCAUAUAUAAGCACAAUAGGGGUGGAUUUUAGAUUCAAAACUUUUACGAUUGACAAUAAGCUGGUCAAGCUUCAAAUUUGGGAUACUGCUGGCCAAGAAAGAUUUAGAACUAUAACUAGUGCUUACUAUAGAGGCGCUGACGCUAUUUUGAUUGUUUUUGAUAAGACGAACAAGGAAAGCCUUGAUCAUAUAAAAGACUGGGUUGAAGAAAUUAAUAAAUAUUCUGAAGGGUCAGUCAGAGUAUUGCUGGGGAAUAAAUGCGAUAGAAAUGAUAAAGUUGAAGUAAGCGAAGAAAUGGGGCAAAAGUAUGCUGAAAUGUAUGGUAUGAUGUAUGUUGAAACUAGUGCGUUAAGCGCACAUCAUGUAAGCGAAGCUUUUUUUAUGGCAACAAGGGAGCUUGUACAGAAAAAAGAGAAAAAGACACCGAAAGGAAAGAAACUUGAUGACUUGAAAAAAAUUAGGAAAAAGUCGAAAUGUUGUUAA